GGCGGCCCAACUUCAUUGCGGUGUAGGAACCAGAACGAAGUCCACAAUAUCGUGUUGGGCCCCUGGGCGCAACGAAUAACGAAUGACAUUUCCCGUUGGUUGGAUCUAACCAGGUAUCCAGCUCCACAAAUUAACCAGCGAAACAAGGUUUUGAGGUUAACAUGAAUAAUCAACAGCUAGGGAGCUUGAUAAAAUGGUUGGACACAUUCGAGUUGCAAGCACCUCAUUCGACCCCGGAGGAUAUCAGUGACGGUGUAGCUAUGGCCGAGGCCUUGGCCCAGAUAGCACCUGAAUGGUUUACCGCUGUUUGGCGCUCCAAGAUAAAGACAGAAGUGAGUUCAAACUGGCGUCUAAAAGUUAGCAAUUUAAAGAAAAUCAUUGAGGCUGUUACCGAAUACUAUGUUGAGUGCCUGAAUCAGCAGUUAUCUGGCUACGUCAAGCCGGAUGCAACCAAAAUUGGCGAACACUGUGACCAUAACGAACUCCGAAGGCUGUUACAACUGAUUUUGGGAUGCGCCGUUAACUGUAAUCAGAAGCAACAGUAUAUAACUAAAAUAAUGGGGAUGGAAGAGGUUGUGCAGCAAGUUAUCAUGCAGAGUAUUCAAGAACUCGAAGGCUGCAUGCAAGGGCCGCGGCUCAGCCUGGGGGCUAGUCUUAAUUUUGAGUCGUUAGAUUUUGGAGAUGGCACUCAGCAGAGACUUCUGGUCGAGUUGCAAGCUGCUGUAGAUUCUAGGGACCAGUUGGCCCAGCGUUGCCACGAGUUGGACCAACAGUUGUCUCUUCUGCAAGAAGAAAAGGCUGGUCUGAUAGCUGAGACUAAAAAACUGCAAGAAAGGCUCGACGAGUUUGAAAAUCCUGAGGAUUCUGGGUCCAGUUUGAAAUAUUCUGGGCUCAGAAAACAACUGGAGAGUUUAAAGGAUGAGAUGUUCAAAAUGGAAUCAUCCAGAGAUGAUUAUAGACUCAAGGUUGAACUCCUGGAGAAAGAAGUUUUGGAUCUUCAUUCAAAACAGGAGGAUUUACAAAAAGCUGCUGACAAGGCUAAUCACCUUAAAGACGAGGUUGACGCACUCAGAGAAACUGCUGACAAAGUUACCAAGUAUGAGUUGACGAUCGAAUCUUAUAAGAAAAAAAUGGAAGACCUGAGUGAUUUGAGAAGACAAGUCAAGAUUCUUGAAGACAAAAACAUGGAAUAUGUUCAGGCCAAUAUGGAAUACGAAGAAGAAGCAAAACGGGCUUCCAUGUUGAGAAAUCAUUUAGAAUUGUGCAAGAAGCAGUUGGCUGAAGUAAAUCGGAAGCUUGACGAGGAAAGUAACAAGUCGGACAAACUCCAAUUUGAGUCUAAAAAAAUGGAGGCAAAGUUGAACGCUAUUCAAAGAGAGAGAGACAGACUCAUUAUCGAGAGGGAUGCCUUAAAGGAGAACAACGAGGAAUUGAAAUGCACUCAGCUACAGGCUGCUGAAAAUUCUACUAAACCGGCAGACGUCGAUGCAGUUGAGAAUACGGAAAUGAUGUCUCCAGAAGUGAAAGAAAAGCUGUUACGUCUUCAGCAUGAAAAUAAAAUGCUGAAACUCAAUCAGAAGGGAACCGAGGAUAAAGUACCCUCUGUUCAAGCUCUGCUCGAUGAUUCUGCGGAGAUAUUAAACACUUUGAGAGGUCAGAAUCGGAAGGCCAAUCAGCGUAUAAUUGAGCUUGAAAAUCAGCUUGAAGAAGUUAAAGAAAGUCAAGUGGGUGGCGAAAACAAAGGCGACAGUGCCGGGUUCCAGAAAAAAAUCAAUCAGUUGAUGGAAGAAGUUCGGAGGCUGCAAACUGAGUGCGAAAGAUUGAACGUACAGCAAGAGGAACGUGAGGCUAUGCUACAGUCUCAGAAACAGAAAAUCUUCACACUGCAGGAAAGUCUCACUAGGAAAGAAUGUGAAAAUGCAGCAUUAGACGACUGCCACAAAAAGUACGUUGAAAAAGCAAAGAAGGUUCUCAAAAGUCUGGAACUGAAGCCGAACGCUUCUUCUAACUCGGAGCUAUUGACGCUUCGCAUUCAAGUAAUGGAGAAGCAAAAAAUUAUUGAAGAAAUGGAAAAGUCCCACAAAGAGAAUAAACUUCUUAAGGAAAUGGAAGAAAAAUUGAUGGCCACUGCUUUCCACCAAUUGGGUGUUGCUUGUCAUAAAGAAGCGAUUGAUCAGCAUUUAGCUGCACUUGGCGCUGGUCAAGGACAAUCAUUUUUAGCUAGACAACGACAGCCUUCGGCACGUAAAGCAUUCCAUCCGUCAUAUAACUCUAAGUAAAAUUACGCAAUGUCCUGAUGCAAUUUACAGUACAAGUUUCAAUGAAUUUUUGCAUUGGCUGAUUCAUUGAAGUCACUUCAAUUUUCAUGCUGGCUGUUUUUAUAACGAAUUCUGUACUUUAGAACCGAGACUGUAUUUCACUCGAAACUAACACUAAGGUUUCUAUUUUAUGGAACGAUUAUAAAUAAUAGAUGCAAUGAAAAUAUUGACUCAACUAUAGUUGAAAUUUUGCAAACAAGUCAAGAAUGCUUCACACUGAUAGCGUGUCCGUAUAUUGAAACACAUAUGAAGACAAUUUUAUAACUGUAAAUAAUAGUAUAAGGUUGCAUUUUCAUUUUA